GCUCCGCUCCGCCCCGCCCGCCGCUCGACAUGGCCGCGCUGGGGAGGCUGCUGCGCGCCGCGGUGCCCGUGGCUGCCGCCGCCGGGAGGAGGGGGACGGCACAGCCCCCGCUCUGCGCCCGCCGGCCCUUCAGCCUGGGAUCCGCGCGGCUCGCCCCCGCCGUCACCCAGCACGCCCCGUUCUUCAAGGGAACGGCCGUCGUUAACGGAGARUUCAAGGAGCUGAGCCUGGAUGAUUUCAAGGGCAAAUACCUGGUUCUGUUCUUCUACCCCCUGGACUUCACCUUUGUCUGCCCCACGGAAAUUGUGGCUUUCAGCGACAAAGCAAAUGAAUUUCGUGACGCGAACUGUGAUGUGGUGGCAGUUUCAGUGGAUUCUCAUUUUUGCCAUCUGGCCUGGAUAAAUACACCACGAAAGAGYGGCGGCUUGGGCAAAAUGAAUAUUCCAGUUCUGUCAGACCUCACAAAACAGAUUUCCCGUGAUUAUGGGGUGCUKCUGGAAGGACCUGGCAUAGCACUAAGAGGUCUGUUCAUCAUCGAUCCAAACGGGAUCAUCAAGCACCUGAGCAUCAAUGACCUGCCCGUGGGGCGCAGCGUGGAGGAGACUCUGCGCCUGGUGAAGGCUUUCCAGUUCGUGGAGACACAUGGAGAGGUGUGCCCAGCCAACUGGACUCCAAACUCCCCAACAAUCAAACCAAGCCCAGAAGGUUCUAAAGAAUAUUUUGCAAAAGUGAAUAAAUAAACAUUCAAAUAUUUGGACRAAACUCUUAGUUACCACACACUGAAGACAUUAGGAAAACAGCUGUGAUUGUAAAAAUUAAUAAUAAAAAUAAAAGCUCUYGUUUUCUCAUGUUUAAGGAGAAAUUAAAUGCUGAAAUAUU